ACAAAUCACCCAACAUCAGGACCGUCAACAUUCUCUAAGGGGAAGCCUACUUUGGUCCGAUUGUCCAAUCAGAUGAGAGGAAGCAGAAAGUACUUCCGGGUUAGUUCUUCCGGGUACUGCUCAGCUGACUGACGACCGAUAGCCAUGCGGUUUCGUUUCUGUGGAGAUUUGGACUGCCCAGACUGGGUCCUUGCCGAAAUAAGCACAUUAGCCAAGAUUUCCAGUGUAAAAAUGAAGCUACUCUGUGCUCAAGUGCUGAAGGAUUUGAUCGGUGAAGGCAUUGAUUAUGAUAAGGUUGCAAAGCUUACUGCAGAUGCAAAGUUUGAGAGAGGCGAUAUCAAAGCUAGUGUGGCAGUGCUCAGCUUCAUUUUUUCCAGUGCAGCAAAGCAUGAUGUUGACAGCGAGUCCCUAUCCAGUGAGCUGCAGCAGCUCGGUCUGCCAAAAGAACACACAACGGGGCUCUGCAAAUCGUACGAAGACAAGCAGUCCGUGCUGCAAGGCAAACUAAGAGAGACAAGUCUGAGACUGGGUCGACUAGAGACAGUGUCCUGGCGCGUCGACUACACUCUGAGCUCCAGUGAGCUGAGGGAGGUGAAUGAACCUCUGAUUCAUCUAAAACUGCAGACACAAGGAGCAGAGUCAGGCUCAACAGAGACAACUGUUGUUUGUGUUUCUGCAGACAAGUUCAGGGUCUUGCUUGCAGAGCUCAAACAAGCCCAGACGAGGAUGAACGCACUGCAGUGAAGAGCGGACGGGGUGUGGGUUCAGACCUCGAUGUCUGAACGAUACCUGGACAACAAUGUUAAAAAGUGCCACGCUUAAAUCUUUAAUAUGAAUUUAUCAUAUGUCUUAACAAUCAUGUUAAGCUCAUAACAGGCUCAUUCCAUUUGUAUUGACUGAUAUUUAUUUGUUUUUUUUUCUACCAAAUUAGUUAUAAUUGGUGAAAAUGUGUCCGGACUGAACAGGAAUACAGAACUGACUAUUUUUGUAAAUAUAUGUAUAAUAAUGUUCCCAAAUUUUGAAUUGAUUAAUGUCAAUGAUUUGUGUUAUUACUAUAACUUUUCAUUUAUAAAUGCUCAUAAAUAAGAAAAUAAAAUGUGUAGAGUUUG